AUGAGUACCAGAAGUGGUGGUUCUAAUUGUGCUAUUGCAACGUGUGAUUUGUAUUCCGGCAAAACAAAACAAAUUGGAAUGACUGAUAUUUCGUUUCACAGGUUUCCAAAAGAUCCUGAUGUCCAGAAAAUAUGGACCCUAAAGUGUAAACAAGACUCCUGGAAUCCCAGUAAAUCUUACAUUUGUUCUAAACAUUUUAAAUCAGAAGACUUUGUUCGUGAUUUAAAAUCUGAACUUAUGGGAAUCAAAACUGUCAGAAGAUUAAAACCUGGUUCUGUACCAACACUCAACCUUCCUACCUGUUUAUCAUCUGAAACACAGCGUGCUUUAGAACAUAGAAGUAGAAUUAAAUCAAAAUCAUUAAAAGAGUCUCAUGAUCAGUUAAUUGCCACUACUCUUGACACAGAGCGAAUGGUAUCCAAAGUAAUAUUUGAUGAAGCUAACAAUUUCGCUAACAAUGACCAAAAUUGUAAUCCAAAUUAUGAAGAAAUGUACAAUGAGUUAUCAAAAGUAAUCAAAGAACAUCAAAAUUUAAAAAAUUAG